AUGGUCAGUGCUUUAUCCAUUCUCACUGUCACGCUCGCCACAGCUUCUACGGUUGCCUCAGGUGCCUCCAUGCGCUCCGAGUCAGCCGCCAUGCCAACCGGAUCGUGGCCCGCAAGUAAGGGAACAGUCUUCCUGACGGAGCCGUUCACGGUUAAGAAGGGCACGACUUUUGAUGGCGGCAUGAAGACGUACGCGCGCUCGAACAUCAAAUGCAAGGGCGAUACGGAGAGUGGAUACCAGACUUCUGUGUUUCGCUUGGAGCCUGGUGCCACACUCAAGAACGUGCUCAUCGGCAAGGACCAAAUGGAGGGUGUGCACUGCGAUAACGGCGACUGCACGCUCAAUAACGUUUGGUGGGAGGACGUGUGCGAGGACGCGCUGAGCAUCAAAGGCGGCUCGAGCACGAGCGUGACCAAGGUUAUUGGUGGUGGCGCCCGCGGGGCCAACGACAAGAUCAUUCAGCACAAUGGGUUGGGAACCGUCUCCAUCGAGGGUUUCUACGCACAGGACUUUGGUAAGAUCUACCGUUCGUGCGGCACAUGCGCUGGAAUGCAACGGAAGGUGAUCAUCAAGAACGUGCUCGCAGUGAACGGUGGUGUGAGCAUUGCGACGGUGAACAAGAAUUGGGGCGACCAAGCCACGCUUGAGAACAUCAAGAUCAAGGGCAAGAAGUUGGACGUGUGCCAGUGGUCGGAUGGCACGUCGUCCGGCAAUCCGACGAAUAUUGGCGCUGGUCCAUCAGGAUCGCUCUGCAUGUACUCGGCUAAGACGGUCUCUUAUGUCUAA